AUAAGAUCGUUUUAUCCUGCAUUUCCUUUCCCCUCCUACCUUUAAUUAACACUUUCCACCGUGCAUCUAAUGAUUGCCCAAUAUCUGGGGGAGCAAGAAUCUGCUACUAACUUACCAAGGGACUAAAGGGAGGAAUCUGUCCUCUACUCUAUCUCUCUUUCUCUCUAGAUCUUAAGGAUAGUACUUCUCUGCUUAGUGCGUAGAGUUGCAAUUGGUUGCUGCUGGGUAAUGGGCUGUGCCCAAUUUCGCCGUUGAACUUUGUUCGUCACAUCGCUUGAGUUGUCUGAAACCACCCCCUCCUGCGGUGCCACCAUCCGAUAAUGGCCAUCAAAGCCAUGGCGUUGCUGUCGAUUGGUUGCUUGUCCGUACCUGCUCAACCGCAGAAAGAGGGAGGCCUGAGUGGGAGAAGAGACAGCCUCAAGCCCAUCGUCGUUCAAGGAUGUCCCCCUACGUUUGUAUCUGCGCCUGGACGUCGAAUCGUUGCAGUUGGUGACUUGCAUGGUGAUAUUGCACAAGCAAGAUCUGCUCUUGAAAUGGCUGGAGUUUUGGAUCCAGCUGAUAACAAUUUGUGGAUUGGCGGAGAAACGGUAAAGGUACUUGUUCAGCUUGGGGAUGUUUUAGAUAGGGGUGAAGACGAAAUUGCCAUUUUGUCAUUGUUGCGAUCUCUAAGUAUUCAGGCAAAACAAGAAGGAGGAGCCAUCUUUCAGAUAAAUGGGAAUCAUGAAUCAAUGAAUGUUGAAGGUGAUUUUAGAUAUGUUACUCCAGAAGGAUUUGAUGAAUGCAUAGACUUCUUGGAAUAUCUGGAUGGUUGUGAUAGUAAGUGGGAAAAUGCUUUUAUUGGAUGGGCAAGGGCAUCUGAGAUUUGGAAAGAGAAGAGAAGAAAGUCCAGAAGCCAUUGGAGUGCGUUCGACCUGAUGAAGAGACAGAAGGGUGUCAGUGCAAGAUCCUUUCUUCUCAAACCAGGGGGUCCAUUAGCAUGUGAGCUGGCACGUCACCCGGUUGUUCUCCAGAUCGAUGACUGGGUGUUCUGCCAUGGUGGUCUUCUUCCUCAUCAUGUUGUCUAUGGCAUAGAGAGAAUGAACAAGGAAGUAUCUCGUUGGAUGAGUGGAAUUGCUCAUGAGGACUCUGAAAUUCCUUUUGUAGCUACAAGAGGCUAUGACAGUGUUGUUUGGAACCGUUUAUAUUCAAGAGACAGUGAGCAGAUAGGCUACAGCAGUCAGCAGAUAUCUGUGAUUGUCCAAGAGACGUUGCAUGCAAUAGGUGCCAAAACAAUAGUCGUUGGUCAUACUCCUCAGUUAUCUGGAGCCAAUUGUAAGUAUAAUGACAGUGUGUGGCGAAUCGAUGUGGGAAUGUCAAGUGGUGUCCUAAACAAGGCACCAGAGGUACUUGAAAUUGUAGAUAAUCAACCGCGGGUAAUAAAGAACAAAUCAAUGGGACCAUCCGACCUCCACGUGGUAGACUUUGUGUAACUCCACAACCUUAUUAGAUAUGUAUGCAAAUGUGGCACACCACAAGCAAUGGAUUUAACACAAGCCCCCCUUACGCUAAGCAACUAACAUGUGUGCAAGACAUUUGCAGCUCCCAAAUCCAGUUUGCUCUUGUCAGCACCCAAGAGAGAGAGAGAGAGAGAGAGUAUCCGAAGUUAGUGAGAGGUUAUUAAAGCAUCAAGUCUUGAACAACUAUUUUUUGCCAUUAAUAAGGAGAAUGCACAUAACAAAAUCCAAGCUGAAAAGGUAAAUAUUGUUUGGCUGGCACUAGUUUGACUCAGUUUGAGGUGUCAUGGACCUUUUACAUGUGAACUGCUCUAUUUGGUUUAAUGUGCUAUUGACAUAGGAACCAUGCAAACAAUAUGACGAAGCCUUCAUAGGCAGUCUAUGAUUCUCUUGAAAGAAGUCAAAAGGGAAAGAACCUCAGUUAUGAAAAAGGUGAUAGAUGAGCAAAUGUCUUACCAGGAGCUAUUUUGAAAAAGCUAUAGUUCUUCCUCAGAAAUUGAUGCAUCAUUUCUUGUGAAUCUUGGGAAUCUGCAGUUUGAAGAAAAGAGAAUGACCUUGCAGUCCCAGUACUAUUUCAGAACCUUGAUCUUCGUGUGAAUACUUAAUCAAUUCCAUCAUGUGGCAGGGGUACCGCAAAGGAGAACACAAGUAUCAUUUGUGGAAAUAGGAAGAAGCACAACAUUCGUGUUGAUCGAGAAGGAGUUAGUUCAGCAUUUUUGCCAGAUAAACUUGGUUAAUCUUUUUCAAAAUGGUGGUGACAACAGCAAUAAUGAGCCACAAGCUGCCAUGUCCUGCUACCAGUGCUUCAGCAACAGUGACUUGAACCAAUGGUAUUUUAGGCUCUGCAACACUUAAGGGGUCUGACCUAUUGACUUUUACAUGGAAAGCGAACCUCGAAAAAAGGUGCUUGCAAAGUGCUGUUCCAAAUAUGAACUGCAAGCUCAAUCAUGCUCCUGUACAGAAGUGUCUUAAAGCGUAUGCAUUCUAAUUCUCCUUAGCUAUAAUUUUUCUAUAGGGAAAAUAAGACUCGGUGUAUAUCAUGGCACCUUUGAGCAGAAUUUUUUGAUAAGAUAAUUAAGACUGAUAUGAAAUAAAAAUUUACACCUUCCCUUGAAAAUAAUGUAUUCUAUGCAU